CUUCAGCUUGUUGGGCUCGAAUGUGAUUGAAGGGAAAGGAAAGAAAAGAAGUGAAUGAAAGGGUUGGCAAGAUGGCUGAGUUUAUAAGGGGUGGUGCGGGUGUAAUUCCAGUGACCAAAGAGAAGCUGCACGGUUCCCCAAGCACAGGCAGUGAUGAUGGCCAGGACGGGUUGGCCGUCGACGAGUUCGACCCCUUCCUGGCCGACAACGAAGAGGCCGAAAGUAGCAACGCGUCCCUCCUCGUUGCACCACACGAAAAUCAGUGGUACCAUGGCAGGCUGGACAGAUACACCGCUGAGGAGCGGCUGUACGAGGCGUCCAAGUUGGGCAGCUACCUCAUAAGGGAGAGCGACCGGAAACCCGGCUCCUACGUUUUGUCCUAUCUUGGACGAACUGGGAUAAACCAUUUCCGAAUCACUGCCGUCUGUGGAGAUUUCUACAUUGGAGGUCGACAGUUUGACUCGCUGUCUGACCUCAUCGGCUACUACACUAAUGUCACAGACCUUCUGAAGAAGGAACGCCUCAUACACCCUGUGCCGCCGCCAGAGCCUGUCAAUGACAAGAAAAGGAUUGUUGCGAUUCUACCAUACACCAAAAUGCCAGACACGGAUGAAUUGAGUUUCCAAAAGGGGGACAUUUUCUUUGUGCACAAUGACAUGGGUGACGGCUGGCUCUGGGUGACAGCUCACCGGACUGGGGAGCAAGGGAUGAUCUUUCGAGAUUUGGUCGAGGACCUUGCGGACAACAUCGAUCCAAACACUGUCUUCUCUUGGUUCCAUCCAAACGUAACGAAAAAUGAUGCAGUGGACAUGCUCGUUAAAUCUGGUCCCGGUAGCUUCCUGGUAAGGCCUAGUGACAAUUCUCCUGGAGACUACUCCCUGUUCUUCCACAUCAACAAUCAAAUACAGCGAUUCCGGAUAGAGAAGAAGGGCGUGAGGUACCUAAUGGGUGGCAGGACCUUUGAGUGUCUUGAUGCAGUCAUCAACAGAUACCGCAAGGAGCAGAUCGUUGAAGGACACACCUUAAUACAGCCGGCAAUGAAUGAAGAGGAUGAGUCGUUUGCCAAGCCAAAGGAAAUUGAUCACGCUGAAAAAAUUUAUGCCACCUUGAGAGAAUGCAGAGAACAAGUCGGUCUUAAGAAGAAUAAAGGAAUCAAAAUGCAAGGCUUUCUGAACAAAAAGAGCGAGAAGAACAAAAAGUGGAAAUCCAUGUUCUUCGUUCUGCUGGUCGAAGGCAGCGACACGCAUCUGUAUUUUUACGACAACCCUAAGAGAACAAAGCCAAAGGGUCUCAUCGACUUGAGCUGCGCCUACCUUUACCAGGUGCACGACAGCGUCUUUGAUAGGCCGCACUGCUUCCAGUUGGUGGAAAGGGCGCUGCCCUGCCUCGCCACCAUCACUUACCUGUGUGCGAACACUGCCGACUUAGCUCAGGAUUGGAUAUCUGCUUUGAGACCUCUUUGCAUAACCCAAAUGACUCGCUCACCAAAGGUUCAGCGGCUCAGGGAGCUGAAAUGUUUGCAGCUGCACAUUUUGGAUGCACACCGAUUACCAUUCAAACUAGUGCCAAAUCCUUUCUGUAUAAUAUCCCUCAAUCAAGUAAAGGUAGCAAGAACAAAGGUGAAAACUGGCUUGGAUCCUCUUUUUGAUGAAGAAUUUUUGUUAGAUGACAUUCCUCCUGAUGUAUUGUCCUUCACAAUCACCGUUUACAACAAAGGCAAAAGAUCAAAAGACACAGAAGUUGCUGAGCUCACAGUGGAACUCUCAAGCUUGACUAAUGGAGACGAGGUUGAUGAGUGGUUCAAGUUCUCUGGAAUCACUCCAAUUGGUGAGUGGGGCUCGCUACGGCUGCGGGUCCGCUACUUGCACGAUCUCAUCAUGCCGCAAGAAGAAUACUCGCCGCUGCAGCAGCUGAUUUUGGAUCCUAGUCUAGAAGUGGUGCGGGCGCUGGCAGACAUUUGCCACCUGGACCGCAUUCCCUUGGCCAACUCGCUCCUUAGGAUAUUCAGGCAUGAGAGACGGGAGGCCGAGCUACUGCGCUCUCUCAACGAGGCUGAAAUCGAGAGGGAGCAGGAAACCUCCACCCUGCUGAGGGCAGCUUCGCUGACCACCACCCUCAUGGAUCUGUACAUGAAGUCAGUCUGCACGGGAUUCCUGCAGGCGGCUAUACAAGACACCAUUUUGAAAUUGUUAGAAACAAAGCAAUCUUGUGAACUCAACCCAAAUAAAAUGGAUUCACCUGACGAUGCCUGCGCAAAUGCUGAAUUUUUGCUACAAAUCCUCGAUGAAGUGACACUUUCCAUAUUUAUGGCCUAUGAUUCGUGUCCUAAGACUGUGCGCUAUAUUUGUGGCUGCUUGCAAAGGUCGGUGAUGAACAAGUGGCCAAAUGAGAGAUUAGUGAAAACUAGAGUCGUAAGCGGAUUUAUAUUCCUACGCCUGCUUUGCCCUGCCAUCCUCAACCCAAGGCAAUUCAAUCUCAUAGCUGAACCUCCUCCUCAGAUGGCGAGCAGGUCGUUAAUCAUGGUUGCCAAGUGUCUGCAGAACCUCGCAAACUUGGUUGAGUUCGGAGGCAAGGAACCCUACAUGGAAGUGGUUAAUCCAUUCAUCCUGAAGAACAAGGAGAGGAUGGUCGUUUUUCUUGACACUCUUUCUAAUGUAACCGAGAAGCCUGAGCCAGAUGAAGCCAGAAUUAAGGGCGACCCUGCCAGAGACCUUGGCACCUUGCACCACAUAUGCUGUUCACAUCUGUCAGAACUGCAGGCACUUUCAAAGGAACAGCCUACAAUCAAGAAGCUCGUGACAGUUACUGAAAUGCUGAGCAAGCACAAACAGAAGUACAUGGAGAUGAUUCGUUAAUCGUGCUGUUCCAUUCUUUCUCUUUGAAUUCAAUUGCAUUAUGCUGCAUUUAUUUUGAUAUAUUUUCUGCUCUUGAAUGCCAAACUGUAUGGGAAAAAAGUUGAAAUGCCGUGAUUUUAAUCAUUUAUAUCUCAUUGUGGAAAUAUUAACUUGUAAUUAUUAUGAAUCUUACAUGUGUAUUAUUAUGAACUUUUGGAAAUUUAGCACUAUGUGAGAUUGAAAAAAGUAACGAAUAAUAUUUGUAAAUUAUACAUAUUGUAGAAAUAAAGAUUCUUUUUAUAUAGCUUCCAAAACAAA